CUUCCUCAUGUCAUUGUUAAUCAAGCCAUGGGAGAACGACCAAGCACUGAAAUUUAGCAUAAGAAGAGGUAGAAUCUCUCUCACAAAAUAAAUCUGAAGGAUUGGUGUGAUUUUGCAUUCCAGCUCUUGCACAAGAAGAAGCUGAUGACUAACUCAUAACUCAUUAAAAGAUGACUGCAAAUCUGGAAAAAACGUGUUCAAAGGCAACCACGUCACUAACUGUUCUCUGUACAUGCAUCUUCACUUUCCAAGUCAGUGCGUUUUCAUUAACUAACUGCACUGUCUCUGACACUCUAAAUAACACUCAGGAGAUGAAAGUUCUUUGCUACAAGAUGGGCUUCUGUAUGGUUCCUUCACCGAUACCCAGCAAGGUCAGAUAUCUAGACAUCUCCUUCAACACCAUUUCAAACAUCAGAGCUGGAGAAUUUGAGGACCUUUGGAACUUGAGAUAUCUAAAUUUAUCUGACAGUAACAUCUCAUGGAUACAAGAUGGUACUGCAGAGCAUUUUCCCAACUUGAUCAAUCUUAACCUGGCCAACAACAAGUUGAACACAGUGUCAAGGGGUCUACUGUACGGUCUAGCCAACCUGCAAGUGCUGCGUCUUGAUGGAAAUAUAAUCCAAAGCAUUGACAAAUAUGCUUUUAACACUCUUCUGAAUUUGAAGGUGCUGAACCUCACGAAAAAUAACCUCCAACAGAUUGCCAAUGUCCAACCAGUGCUUUCGUCACCAAGGUUGGAGGAAUUGUUCAUCGGAAGCAACAAUUUUUCCGUUUUCAACUCAUAUGACCUGUCAAGGAUGUCUUUGUCACUCAAAAAAAUCAGUUUUUCUUACAAUCCCUUGACCAAAUUCCAAAUAACUGAAAAUAUAUUCCCAAAUCUAGACUACCUUGAUAUAUCAUACUGUGGCCAAAACAGGGCAAUACUAUGGAAUAUUACUGAUAAGGCUUUUCUGAAUUCAGUCGAAGCACUGAAUUUGACCGCAGUGCGCAUCCCAGCAGAGAACAUCGCUGCAGUACUUCAGAACGUCUCCUGGGCUUCCUUGUUUAAACUCAGAUUUAGUGAAUUGAACUGGACGAAGGUAAAGACUCUUUUACAGUACGCAUGCUUGCCUGGACUUAGGGUGCUACGCCUGCAGCGCAACGGAAUCUCAAACCUGACAGCUGAUAUGCUUGGUCCUUGCUCUAACUUGACAGAGAUGGACUUUGGAGAUAAUGAAAUAUCUCAUAUUUCUGCUCCCAUAUUCAAAGAACUAACACAGCUGAGGGUACUCCAUCUACAAAUUAAUAAACUGACCGCGGUCAACAAUUCGUUUCUAAAUCUUCCAAUGCUUGAAUUUAUAGACCUCAGUAGAAACAGGAUUAAUAAGUUAACCUGUUCAGACUUUGCCAAUUUAACACAGUUGAAUACGCUAUACUUGUACAGCAACAAAAUCUCUACAAUUCCUUCAUGCGCGUUCAAAGAUUUGAAUAAUCUUGAAAUUUUAAGGCUGGGGUCGAAUAAAUUAUUGAAAAUUGGCACUGUUUUUGAAAAUGCCCUGCCUUCUUUGAAGGUUUUGCAAGUGACAUUUAAUAAGUUAAGCACACUUAGCAAGGAGAGCUUUAAGGGUUUGUCUAAUCUUAGGACCCUUGACCUUGGGGACAAUCAGAUUUCUGAGAUUGAAGCAAAAACAUUUUCAGGAAUGCCAGAGCUAACCGACUUAUUACUUUCCUCAAACAGGAUAACGUGUAAAACCAUAAGAGACCCGGAGGUGUUCUCAGGCAUUUCUAAACUGAAAACACUAGAACUAUAUAGCAAUGUCAUUUCUUACAUCAAUGAUACAUUGCAGAGGCCCCCUUUUAUACAUUUAAGUUCACUGAAGAUUUUGUCUAUUCAUAGUCAAAGACGAGGGUUUGGUAAAAUGCCCUCAAACCUGCUUCAAGGUUUAACCUCCUUGCAAAUGUUCUAUGCUGGAAGCAUGAACCUGAAUUAUCUACAUCCUGAUAUGUUUAAGUCCACUCCUAAACUUUGGUUUUUAGACCUCUCAAAGAAUGCAUUCGCAGACGACGCAUCCAUAACCACAGACGUUUUCCACCCAAUCCCAUGGCUGACUAAGCUUAUCAUCUCAAGAGCUCAGAUUCAUUCUCUGAAUUUCUUAUUACAUGCAAACCUCUCCAGGCUGUCAGUCUUGAAAGCGUCUGAGAAUUUGUUAGAUAUCAUCAACCAAACGUUGAUUCGGUCACUCCCUCAUCUGAAAUACCUGGACUUGAAGAAAAACACCUUCACUUGUGACUGUAACAAUGCUUUUUUUAUUGACUGGGCUUUGCAAAGUAAUUACACCCAGGUUAUUUAUCUGAAUGGAUAUACUUGUAGCUACCCACUAUCACUGAGAGGCAAGAGCAUUUUAGAGAUCAAUACAGAGUGGUGUAAUGUUGAUGUGGACUUUGUCCUGUUUGUAUGCAGCUCCGUUGUUGUUACACUUACACUUCUGGUUUCGUUCAUUUAUCACUUCCUGCGCUGGCAGGUUUUGUAUGCAUACUACCUAUUUGCUGCCUUCCUGUAUGACAGCAAAAGGAAACAGAUGCACCAGCAACAUAGAUUCAAUUAUGAUGCCUUUAUUUCCUACAAUGCCCAAGAUGAACCUUGGGUUGUCAAUGAGCUCCUCCCUAAUUUGGAAGGUGAGCAGGGCUGGAGACUCUGUCUUCAUCACAGGGACUUUGAGCCAGGAAGAGCCAUCAUAGACAACAUCAUGGACGGGAUAUACAGCAGUCGUAAGACCAUUUGCUUGAUCACACACAAUUAUUUGAGGAGCACAUGGUGUUCCAAAGAAAUCCAGAUGGCUAACUUCAGACUGUUCGAGGAGCAGAAAGAUGUAUUAAUCCUGAUCUUCCUGGAGGACAUUCCUACCCACCAGCUGUCUCCCUACUAUCGGAUGCGUAAGCUGGUGAAGAAGAAGACUUACCUCAAAUGGCCCAAAUAUGGAGAAGACAGGAGGAUCUUCUGGCAGAAACUGAGAAUGGCUUUAGAGACCAAGGAAGGCCCAGAAGAGGAGAAGCCUCUUCUCAGUGGAGAGGGGGGAUGUGAUUAUCAAGCAAACCUUCUGUAAAGUUCUGUAAAGUUUAUCAUUUAUGCAUUGCCUGUUUUUUUGUCCAUGAGUGAAAUUUAAUUUCAUUGCAUUCCGCUGUCAAACACUGUUUCAUUGUUUCAGAUAUAAGGGCACGGUUAGAGUGGUGAGGAGAUACAGGAACUGUGUCAGCAACUGCUCUUCAUCUAAAUUUGCUGACCUUUGAGCCUAAAAUGAGCACAGUAGAUGCUGACUUAGUAUUCAUUAUUCAGAGUACUGCUGAACGGAACGUCUCUAUGGGUUCUGUCUCCACUUUGUUCCCUAUUGUGCUCCCCAGCAGGAGUCCCGCCCUCUACAGCGGAGGCUAUAAUGACCUCAUGCUAUGCAAAGCUGAUUAGAAAUGUUCUCUUUUUCAUUGUAUAGAUGUUACAAAAAGUCCACUGUUAAUAGAAAAUGGCAGAGGGCUACAUGACCACCAGAUCCCUCAAAUCAAUUUAUUAUUGCUAGUGUAAAUAAAAACAGAUCAAACUAAACAGUAAUUGCUGAAUGUUUGGAUCAUGCUGUGUGUCUACAUUUUAUAAAUCAGCAUACGUCCAAAAUCUUCAUGACUGCACAUGACCUAGGACGACUAUUAAUUAGGGCAAUUAAAUGACAAUCAGAUGUUAGUUAAAACACUUGGAGGUGUGCUUUUACGGGAAAAUAACCAACAACAGACAAUGCAAUAUGACCCGAUGUGUAGCGGAGCUGAAUACCGAUGAAUACUCUUAGCACCCGGCUGUAUGUAUAAACAAUCCUCCGUCCUGAAGACUUUCCCAUGGCGGAAAACUAAAAGUUACAUCUUCACCUCUGACUGUUACAAAACUGUUGUACACUGGAGACUCCUUCUGUAAAUGUUAAAUAAACUUUUUCCUUACAGAAAUCUUUAUCAUAUCAAAGAUUUGCUUUUUUUUUUUUUAAAUCAAUUUAUGUGAAUGAGCUGUUAGUAUAGAAACAAUAAUGCUGUUGUUAUAGAAAUUUAAUCCACACCUUCUGACCAAUCUGAUUUGAGAAUAAAGUUAAUAGUUAUAGUUAUCAUCUAAGCCUAAUUUUCUCCAAAAAAAUCUACAAAAAAUUAAUAAAUUAGCAUUUGACAGAAAGAAAUAAAGCCUAUACAAGGAGAUAAUCUAAAAGAUGUGAAAGUCAGUCAGUCUAUUGGUGUCUAUCUCACACACACUGAGUGUGCCCCCUAUUGGUGACUGUGUGAA